UGGAUCUUUGCCUGGAUAGCUUCAUUGGCCUGCAUUCUAUUUGCAUGCUUACUUUAAAGGGUACUGGAAGCCAGUUAAGCGAGGCUGCGACCACAACUGACACCAUUCAAGGGUUUCAGCUUCCUCCUACAUCAUACCCAUUGAGACACCAGAGGAUAAGAGUGUGCAUCACGUUGUUGUUUCUAAUUAUCAUGAAGGUCUUAUCUGGAGUGUUACAUCUUAGGUGGGACCACUCUGGAGGCUAGAUGAUCCACCAGGAGUCUCCACAGGCAGUGGGCUGGGUAACUGAUGUGCAGGCAGGAGGCUUGCAGGCCAGUGGAUAGCCAACUGAGGAGAAGGCGAGAGGCUAAUUAAGUGGGAGGCAGCCCAGAGGCUAAUGAUACAGUGGCUACAGACUGGGAGCAGAAAUUGGAAGAUGCAGGGGAGUCUGCAAUGACUGGUCUGGAAAUCCAGAGGGCAUCUGGGGGACGGAUGGAUAAUGCCAAUGGUGGCAAAGCUUCAGAAAAAUGGGCUAAGUGGGAAACAAAUCAAGAUGCAGAUGGUUCCUCCACCAGGUUAAUGGCUCUGUUUUUAGAUGUGUCGGCCUCACGUUGGAAAGAUGUGGCUAAAGUUGCAAGGGAAGCAAACCACUCCUCUGCUGUCAAUAUGGUAUGUACAGUAUCAAAGUGUUGGAAACAUCUUUACAGUAAAGCAUGCCAUUCUGUGUUAAUGGAAACAAUCAAUAUCAGCUACUACUAUAAAAGACUGUAUAACAAUUUCUUUUUAAAAAGCUGGUUAAAAUCUGAAAUUAAUUUCACUAGCUCAAGUCAGCCCAGCAAAAACAAAGAUACCACCUCCAGCAUGUACCACCGUAUACUAGGACAGAAAAAGGUUUCCCUGUGUGGAACCACCUCCAUUUGGUUCACUGGUGAUGAUACAGUCCUGGCCACAAGGCGUUGAAUGAAAAUUGCUUCUACACAGCUGUCUGAAAUGGAAGGAAACAUUAGGACAACUUACACGAAAAUGUAAGCUUUAAACAUACAGGCAACAAUCUAAUGAGCUGAUGAGAUCAUUUUUAUUGCCUGGUCUGACAAAAGUUGUGUGUAACUUUUGUACCGGAUGAUGGGAUUAGAUUUGAAGAACUUGCAUAAAAGUUUUGAUGUGUCAUUUGUACGUAUCAAAAACUUCUAUUGUAUUUCAAAAGAUAACACCAUCUGAAGAAUGUCUUAACAAUCUGCGUCAGCACGUUUUCUUCCUGAAAGCGCGUUUGUGGUCAGUUUGAUGAACAGGAUAAGCAACUUAAAAAACACCCCACCUCUUCGGUUGAAAGCGCCCUGAAAGCACUGGAGCACAGUUCAGUUGCGGACAUUGCGCAGUUACAGCCACACGCGCCAUGAAGAACUUCACCUUGAUAGCAGCUUUGACUCUCUGCAGCUUUAGCUGGAUCUCUGCCUCAGUCUCUCAGUCUCAGACUGUGGAGGCUCAGCCUGGUGAAGGAGUCACACUACAGUGCAACAACAAUGGUGCGGUGAUAUUCUGGUUCAGACUGGUCGACAGAACCGAGGUCAGCUGUGUCUCUGUCAUGAUCCACUCUAAUGAAGCUAAAUACUGCGAAGGAUUUCAAAAUGGGAGAUUUGAAAUGAGAAGCAGCAACAACAUUGUCUCUCUCAAAAUCCAUAUUGUGGCUAAAUCUGAUGCAGGACUGUAUUUCUGUGGAUUUUACACUGGUGGAAAUUUCACUUUCAGUGUCACACGUUUAAAUGUCAAAGGCAGCAAUGAGCCACCUGGUGACGAGGACAGCGGAUAUAAAAGAGAGUCUGAUGGAAUAGCAAUGCUGACAAGUGUGAUCCUUGGUGCUCUAACUGUUGUCCUCGUACUGGUCAUCAUCGGUCUGGUUAUUAAAGUCAGGAAACUUCAGACAGCUCUUAAGGAAAACCAGAAUCCAGAGCAACACGAGAAUGUGGGCCGUGAUGAUGACGUGAACUACGCAGCAGUGACAAUUCGACCGAAAGCAAAAAGAAGACAGCAGGAGCCAAAUGUUAUCUAUGCUUCAACCCGAUAGACUCAGGAGGCAACUGGAGCUGACGCUCUAU